CCCCGGCGGCCGCCCCCGGGACGCCUGGGACCGGGCCCCCUCCCGUGUUGGCGCGGAUCCCGCAUCUCGGAGCCGCCGGUGGCUCGGGUACCCGCACCCUGCAGAGGAACUUGGGAGGGCACCGGGUGGCUGAGCUGGAGGCGGCUGACGAGGGCGGCGUACUGGCGAUGGAACGCGCCGUAGAACCCUGGGGUUCGGAUCUCCGUGGCCCAGAGGAGAGGGAGCGGUUAAGAAGCGCCCGCACAGGUCUAGGGAGUGAGAAUGUGGUGAUUUCUCAGUCAGAUGUGUUUGAACACACCCCACCAGAGGAGGAUGACUUGGGGUUCAAGGAAGAAGAAGAUUUGGCCUCAGGUCAUGAAGUAGGAAAUGAUUCUCUCAAACCUGAAGGUAUCCAGACCUGGGAUGACUUAUGGGUUCAGAGAGAGGGACUAGGAAAGCCUCAGCCUCGGAAUCGAGGCCCCCGGGUCCUGGGAGAACCACGCUGGGGCCAGGCUAGUGGUGAUCGAACUGCGGUGUGCGGUGAGUGUGGCAAGAGCUUCCGGCAGAUGUCAGAUCUGGUAAAACACCAGCGGACUCACACAGGGGAGAAACCUUACAAGUGCGGGGUCUGUGGCAAGGGCUUUGGAGAUAGCUCAGCCCGCAUUAAACACCAGCGAACUCACAGUGGUGAGAAACCCUAUAGGGCCCGGCCACCAGCCCAGGGUCCCCCAAAGAUUCCUCGGCCUCGGAUACCUGCUGGUGAGCGCCCCACUAUCUGUGGUGAAUGUGGCAAGAGUUUCCGGCAGAGUUCUGAUCUGGUGAAACACCAGCGAACGCACACUGGUGAGAAGCCCUACAAGUGUGCCAUCUGUGGCAAGGGCUUUGGUGACAGUUCUGCCCGCAUAAAACACCAGCGGACACACCGGGGGGAGCAAGCCCCCCGGCCAGUGGUGCCCCGCCGGCAGCCAUCUCGAGCAGCCACAACAACUGCACAGGGACCCAAGGCCCAGGACAAGCCAUAUAUUUGCACUGAUUGUGGCAAACGGUUUGUGCUAAGUUGCAGCCUCCUGAGCCACCAACGCAGUCACCUGGGUCCCAAACCCUUUGGCUGUGAUGUGUGCGGAAAGGAGUUUGCCCGGGGCUCCGAUCUGGUGAAACACCUGCGGGUGCACACAGGAGARAAGCCCUACUUGUGCCCUGAAUGUGGCAAGGGCUUUGCUGACAGCUCUGCCCGGGUUAAGCACCUCCGCACACACAGUGGCGAGAGACCUCAUGCCUGCCCAGAAUGUGACCGCACCUUCAGCCUCAGUUCCACACUUCUUCGCCACCGCCUCACUCACAUGGAGCCCCAGGACUUCAGCUUUCCAGCUUACCCUGUAGCCCCUUUGAUCCCCAGCCCACCUCCACCUCCUCUUGGCACCAGCCCCCCACUGACACCUCGAAGCCCUUCACACCCUGGCGAUGGGCCUUUUGGCCUGCCUGGCUUGGAGUCUGAGCCUGGAGGCCCACAGGCUGGGGAGCCACCCCCACCACUGGCUGGUGACAAGCCUCACAAAUGUCCCGAGUGUGGCAAGGGCUUCCGCCGAAGCUCUGACCUGGUGAAACACCAUCGAGUACACACUGGGGAGAAACCCUACCUCUGUCCUGAAUGCGGCAAGGGUUUUGCUGACAGCUCGGCCAGAGUCAAGCACCUCCGAACCCACCGUGGUGAACGUGCCCGGCCACCACCACCAUCUACUCUCCUACGGCCACAUAACCCACCUGGCCCAGCACCCACGGCUCCUCGACCUCGAGUCCGGGCCCAGCCCUCUGGACCCAGCCAGCCCCAYGUGUGUGGCUUCUGUGGGAAGGAAUUCCCCCGGAGCUCAGAUCUGGUCAAACAUAGGCGCACACAUACUGGGGAGAAGCCAUACAAGUGUGCAGAGUGUGGCAAGGGUUUUGGUGACAGUUCUGCCCGUAUCAAGCACCAGCGAGGGCACCUGGUUCUGAGGCCCUUUGGGAUAGGGGAUGGUCGGGCAAGGCCUCUCAAAGAGGAACCACCAGUGGGACUAGAAUGAUAGGGUCCAGGGAAGGUGGAAGCCCAGGAAACCAAAGGGAGGGUUAUCUGCUGCUGAAGCAGAGUAGAAAGGGCCUGGGAGGUGGUGGGAGGGAAACGAAGGGGAAGAAAUGGGAGAAAGGAAUGAAUAGAUAGAAAUUGGAGACCAUAACAUUGAUGCUCAGGAAACUGUCCUGGCUUGGUGUUAGGACCUUGCCAGUAUGGGCUACACCCUCAAAUUCUAGAACACUGCCUAGCACGCAGUAAGCACUCAGUAAAUACUAAUUUGAAAUUUAGAAACUGGCCUUAGCCUGAAAACUCUUUAAAGAACUCCAAAUUCCUGCUGCUUGACUGAUAAGAACUACUCCUCCCAAACUUGCCAUGGGAGACCAACACCCUGAAUCAAUUUGUUUGACCCUAUGAGGUGCAGCAAAGGGAAAUCUGGAAUUUAYGGUGUCAAAUGAGGCAGGGCAUCUUGAUCAUCAUGAUGGGGACAGUAUUGCUGUAUGGUAGGUAGAUCAACUCCUAACCUUGGGUCACUGGACAUGGUCUUAGCCAGGAAGAGCACUCUUGGAUAGAACCCAGAUCUAUGUCCCUUGAGGACCUGGACCCACCCUGACACCUGGUCACUGGUGAAAUAGCAGGAGGAGUGUUCAUGGCAUCCAGCCUGAAUGCUACAUCCAGGUUCUGGUGGCCAUCAGCAGAAACCAGCUGAUUGGGCAAGGGCAGGACUAGAGAGAGGAGAAGCCCCAGAGGCUAGGGAUGCUGCAAGGCCUGACAGCCAUUUUCAUGUGUCUCCUUACUAAUAAACUGUUUCUUGUCUGA